AUUACAAUAUAUAUACAUAUAUAAUACAAAGAGCAAUUUGACAUUUGGCAUUUGGCAUUUGGCUGUGGUUCACGAGCCGAACGGAAAAAAAACAAUAUGCGAUCAAUUUUGUAAUAACCGAAUCAGUGACGAGUGAUAGAUAAGUAAACAUUCAACAAAGCUUCAAUCACAUCAAUUGAUUGAAUCUGAGGCACAGAAAUGAGUAAUAGCAUAUUCAGAUCAUCAGAUGAUCCGUGGGAGAAUGGAUGGGCACAAGAGGAUUCCCAAGAAGCCACAACAUCAUCGUCCUUACCUAUCUAUGGAGGUACUAGUGGAGGAUUAGGAGCGAGUACAUAUAUGACUUCAUCACAAUUAUUAAAUACUAAUACUAAUGUUAGUGAUGAUAUUGAUGAGGAAGCAGAUUAUUCUCAUCACAUUACCAAUAUUCCCGAAACAUACUUAAAACUUCAUGCUGCAUUAUCGGAAAAGUUGUUAUCAGUAAAUGAUUUAGAGCAACUCGUAUUCAGUAAAGUGAUCGCAGGCGAAUACAUUACCAAUUUACAAAAACUAAGAAUCUUAGAUAUUGUCUAUGAUAAUAAUUUAUUACCACUUUCUAUUGCAAAUAAUUUCUAUGAAGCUUUAGGAUUAAUUGCUUUAGAAGUUGAAGCACCAGGAACAGGAGAUUUUGUAACUUUACAAUUCAGAUUAAAUAAUUUACCUGAACUUCCAGUUGCAUUAGUAGAUUCAAUACUUAAUAUUGAUGAAGAAACUUUUACUGAUCCAUUAAAUGUUAAAGGUGUUAUUGGUAAAAAUUCUGAAGAACUGGAGUUCUCAGAUCCUCUUUUAAAGGAUCAUUCAUCAACAUUUUUACGUUCUAAUGAUUCUCAAAAAUCAUCUCAAGAUGAUACUUUUGUUGACAAUUCUUAUAUGAACAAGUAUAUCACUGAAAUUAGAGAUAAAUUUAAACCUUUAAUUGCAGCAAAUGAUCUAGUGAAAAUUAAAGAAGUUCCAGAAAAGGAAGGAUUACUCUUUAAGCAUAUAAAUUACAUUAUUACUCAUGAAUUAAAACUUCAUCUUAAUGGACCAGCCGGUACCAAAAAGGUAAUCAGAAGAUAUUCUGACUUUGUAUGGCUAUUAGAGUUCUUACUUCAAAAAUAUCCAUUCAGAGUAAUCCCCGGAUUACCACCCAAAAAAUUUACUGUAGGUUCAUCACCCGAUUCUCAAUUUCUUCAAAGAAGACGUCGUGGUUUACAUAGAUUCCUUAACCAACUUGUUAAACAUCCAAUAUUGAUAAAUGAACCAGUGGUUAUAAGCUUUUUAACUGUACCAACUGAUAUCUCUGCUUGGAGGAAACAAGCUAAGAUUGAUUAUUCAAUUGAAUUUAAAGGAGAAAAGAUUCUGACAACAUUCAUAAAUUCAAUUUGGCCAAAAAUUGGAGUUGAAUUCUUGAAGAAUUGGGAUGGAGCAGAAAAAUCAGUAACUAAAUUAAUUGAAAUUUGGACAAAAUUAGUAUUAUUAGUUGAAAGAUAUGAAAAGAGACAACAACAAAUUAGUUAUGAUAAUGGAAAAUUUGUUGAGAUGUUAAAUCAUUUCAAAAAUCUUAAUACUAGUAUAUAUCCUAAUGAAAAUGAAAUUUUAUUGGCUGAUAAUAGUAAUAAAGAUGAUAUUAAUGUUCUAAAUGAUUCUCUUGGAUUUGUGGGAGAAUACUUUAAUAAAUCAUGUCAAACUUUGGUUGAUGAAAGUUAUUCAAUUAAUACAGUUAUUCUAGAAAAAUUUAAAAACUAUCUUGAUUAUUUAUAUUCCUUACAAGAACUUUUCGAAAGAACCAAAAAAUUAUCAAUUAAUAAUAUUGAAUUAUUAGAGAGAAGAAUAAAAGAUAAUGAAGCAAGAUAUAAUAAAUUGAGUACAGAAGAUGCUGAUGCCAAGGGAACUGAUUUGGCUAAAUUACGUCAAAUUAUUAUAAAUGAUAAACAAGAAAUCUUUCAACAAUUAAAUAGAGAUUGGUUAAUUAAAAAUUGUUGCUUAGAAGAAUUUCUUAUGUUUCAAGAAACUCAAUAUCUUAUUAGUGAAAUAUGGGUAGAAUGGUCUAAGGGAAGAUUCAGAUUCCUGGAAAAACUUAUGGGAAUACUGGAGAAUUUGAAUAAUGAAAUAAGUAAUGAUAUGCCCUUAUCCAGAUAGUUAGUUAAUUUUAUAGUUAUCA